GCCCCGCGCCCUGGGCCGAGCAUGCGCCGCGGGCUGUCCGCGAAGCACUAGUUUCCUGUGACCCCCGGUAGCGGUGCUGCUGCCGCCAGAGCUGCUCCGCGCGUGGCCGGGCCGCCGCCGCCAUGGGCCGCAGGAAGCUGCACCGGCCGAUUGCGGCCAUGGCCAAGAAGAUCCGCGAAAACCGGGCGCUGAAGAACCAGCCGUGCGACUCGCAGCGCUUCUCCCUGGACUAUGAGACCAUGACGCGGCCGUUCACCGGGAAGCGCCUGCCCGUGCUGGCCUGGGAGGACGUGCGCAACGAGAGCCGCCUCUUCGUGCUGCUCGCCCGCCUGCCCUUCUUCGGCAUCGGCCGCGUGGUCACGCGCAAGUCCUGGCUGUGGCAGUACGAAGAGCCCUGCUACUGGCUCAUCACCAAGACCUGCGUGGAUUACACGGCCGAGAAUUUGGAUCACGGAAAAGCCUGGGGAUACCUGACAUUCAGAGGCAAGGCAGAAAAUGAAGUAAAAGAGAUUGAUAAGGUCAUGUACCAUGACUGGCGUUUGGUGCCCAAACAUGAGGAAGAGGACUUCAAGAAAUGUACCCUGGUGCCAGAGGAAACCAUCCGGUAUGUGCCGUAUCCACCUCUGCUCCGAGCCAUGAUUUUUGCUCAGAGGCAGAAGGAAGGAAAACCGAACACGGAGGAGCCGAUGCUUGAUCUGGAAAGAGGGAUCUCCAGAACAGACUCCAUUGAAAAUGUCAAGAGAACUGAAGGGACACCAGUGUGAAGGUAGUGUUGAGUGACUGAGUAUGGUGCCCCCUAGGUCUCUUAAUCGCCAACUGAUCUCCUUAAUGAAGAAAAUGAUUCCAUAAGCCACAGGCAUGUUUCUGGUUUAUCAAGUGUUAUCACCUCAGUUUCUCUUCCUAUUCCUGGCACGUGCCAGUGUACACAUUUCUUACAUGUAUUUGGAAAGAUGCAGACAUGCUUAGGAUUCUUGGUAAUCUCUGUAGAGCAUCUUCUCUGUUGUUCUCUGCAUUUGUUUUACAGCUCCUAUCCUCUGGGCCCUGUGACUGGGCACAAUUUCCUUUAGAGCCCACCUCUGAGAAUUAAAAAAGGACACUGUCAAGU